AUGGCAUUCAGGAGGCAAGUGAAAAACUUUGUGAAAAAUUACUCAGAUGCUGAAAUAAAAGUCAGGGAAGCGACUUCUAAUGACCCAUGGGGGCCCUCUAGUUCUCUGAUGUUAGCUAUCAGUGACUUGACUUUCAACACGAUUUCACUCUCAGAGAUUAUGAAUAUGCUGUGGCAGAGACUCAGUGACCAUGGAAAGAACUGGCGCCACGUGUAUAAAUCUCUUACCCUAAUGGAUUAUCUCAUCAAGAAUGGAUCAAAGAAAGUUAUUCAGCAUUGCAGAGAGGGCUUCUGUAAUCUUCAGAUGUUAAGAGAUUUUCAACACAUAGAUGAAGCUGGAAGAGACCAAGGACAUUAUAUUCGGCAGAAGUCUAAGCAAGUCAUAACAUUGCUGAUGGAUAACCAGCUGCUGUACAACGAGAGGGAAGUGGCAUGCCGGACGAGACUGCGUACCUCCUAUUCGAUGGCAUUUUCUAAACGAUUACUUGGCACAGGUAACUCACCAACAGCAUGUGCUUCCCUCCCAACACCAGAAACUGCUGCAGCUUCAGAGAAAAAGCAUGAGCUUCUGAAGGCUUCAAGGCUACAUAAUAAAAAAAAUGCUCCCAAGAUGGGAAUGCCGCCAGAGCAGUGCAAGGACCUACAGUUAGCUGCUGAAGUCCCACUGUCCAAGGAACCUCUGCCACUCAAGAAGAAGGCCUGGAAGUCAACAGAGGACCUGAUGCUGUUUUAUGAUGAAGAUCCAAAGCCAAUUUUGCCAACAGUCCCUCCUUGUAUUAUCUCUUCAACUACAAGUUUGUCGGAAGGAGAGGCAGAAGUCUGUAACCUCUGGGAUACAGAUGUUGUGCCUGCUUCCUCUGAAAAAAGCCCAUCUUUGCGAACAAAUUUGGACAAGAGAUCAGACAAUAUCAUUACAGAUACUCUAACAGUAAACUCCUUGAAGACACCUCAGGAAAAUCAGACAGCCACAGAAAGUUUUGAAACACUGACAACUUUACCAGCGUUUUGGCCAUCAAGUAAAGAGGAAGUCAUCAGCCCCAAUUUAAGGACAUCAAAGUCAGAUUCUACUUUCUUUCACCAGUCCUCUGUAGAGACACUUUAUGCCUCUCCCUCUUUCAAAACAUUUAGCCCAGUAAAGGAGAUUGAAUUCAGUAAAGACCUUCACAAAUCAGCACAAGCCAGUACUGUGCAAGUGGAGGAGGAACCCCUCAGGACCUUGGCCACAUUUUCAACUACCUCUGAGGGAACAUCUUCCUUUUCUACUUUAUCCGUGUCGUCUCCUGACUCAGCCCCUCCAGGGACGUCAGCUCCUUGCUUGCCACCGAUUUUAGCCCGGCCUUCCUUCUGGACUGUGUCUCGUCAGAGGUCAUCUUCCGCCUCCUUUAAGCAUGGAGAGGAAGCAGGCAGGCCUGACCACCAUCUCACUCCCAGGAGCCCCGUGUCUUCUGAUGAGAAAGAAAAUGACAGCCUCAAUCUGCAGGAAAUGCUUCCAGAUGAUUCUGAUUCGGCUAAAGAGAAGACCAGUCAGAUUCCCAGCCACAGCUGGGUUGCGUUUUCCACCCCCACAGCAGAUCAUAUCCCUUCUAUGUCUUCUUUUAGUUUUCAGACAAGCCAGGUCUUGCCCAUGGGGCCCAAAGCAGGCAACUCCAUCGGAGCUCUGCUGGGGGAGGUGAAAAGCGCAGUGAUGAGGCUCCACGAGGAUCUGAGCAUGGUGAUACAAGAGCUCAAUGUCAUCAGCAGCCAUCUGGUAAGCAUGGGUGGCUAUGGCUCGCAGGCCAGCAAGUCUUCCCCGGACCCCCAGUCUUCUGAGGGGAGCUUAGAUCAAACCUAG